CGCAGGCAGGAAGGAAGUGACUCCCCCGGGCAGAAGCAGAGUGUGUGCUGUGUGUAGCAUCCAGCCUCUCUCUCCCAUACAGCCAGCGCUGCUGCAGGUCAGGCCGGGUUAGCAGCUGCUGCCAUGGGCUACACUGAGGUGAAGGUGCACGGCUACCAGGAGUACUGCAGGGAGCUGGACAAGCACAAGGGGAAGCCGGUAUUCGCUUUGUUCUGUGGUAAUAAGAACGAACAGGGAGAGAGCUGGUGCCCAGACUGCGUUACAGCUGAGCCGAUUGUCCGUGGGCAGCUGACACAUCUUCCUGAGGGGGCUAUCUUUAUAUACUGCCUGGUUGGAGAGAGAGCAGCGUGGAAGGACCCAAACAAUGACUUCAGACAAAACUUAAAGCUAACUGGUGUUCCCACUCUGGUAAAGGUUGGAACGCCGCAGAAGCUGACAGAGGCGGAAUGCUUAAAAACAGAUCUGGUCCAGAUGUUGUUUUCAGAAGAUUAAACGUAAAGCAACUGUUGUAAUGACAAUGUAUACAAUGAUUUAGCUAAUUAUUUGCUUGCCUGGUGGAGGGUAAAGAAACUCAACUAGAUCUCUGGUUGUUCCUAAAACCGCUCAUGUUUGAGGUAUAUAAAUCAUGAAUGAAUCCCUCUUCCUUUGUCUUUACCUUUUUUAUAGAUUACAGUGAGUAGCCAUUUACUUUAUGUCCUAUUAAUAAGAUCUCAGCUCACUCACCAUUGCUACAAAAUGGCUGUGUAUUCUGGUGGGAAACAUAUUGGCAUAAAUAGAAUCUGAGCUGAGCCCUGGACCAACAUCUGAAGACUGGCCCAGUUCUUGAACCACUUACCCUUUUGUGCUUCACUGUGCAGCAGGAGAGCAGUGCAUGGCUCCUCAGGCAGGUGACCUAACAUUGCCGGGCUAUACUCCACCCUGGGCCAUGUGGCUUUACUUCUACCACCACCUCUGAAAAUAUCAGUCAGAAGUUAAUGCAAAUAUAAUUUCCAGCAAGAAGUUGUUCUCCUUAUUGCUUUAUUGAAUGUGACAAUCAUACAUUCCCCAUGUAAAGCAGUGAAUCAUUUUCUGUAUUCUAUUCAGCAUUAGUUUACUUGUGUUCCAUACAUCUACCAUUGGGAGAGGUGGGAGAAAAUACUUGUGGGAAAAUGUUAGAAAUAGAUGAACGGGGACAGUGAAGCUCCUUUUUCUAUAUUUUAAAUUUUAAUAAAUCUAAUAUCGGCACAAUAAAUUUAUUUGUUUUAUUGUAACCAUGGAAAUAUAUAAAUCUGCAGGGGCUUCUGUGAAUCCCUAUUGUGAGAGUAGUCUAAAACUUAUGUUUUUUGCAACUGGCUAUUAGAAUACAGGUGCUAGUGACUUUCGUUUCAUCAAUUAGCAAUAUCAGUGUGCACAUAUACAAUCCAUAAAAGGCUGUUCAACUUCCAGGUGUUAUGAUAUACUAAUUAUAUGUUACUUAUUGGACCUAUUUAGUGUUUGUUCAGACAUUGUGAUGUUUUAAGAUAUAUUACCCCCGGGAGGUUGUUGUAAUUUCUACAUGCAUUUUAGAAAAUAAAUGUUUUAUUAUA